AUGUCAAAUCCAUUACAAGAGGUGUUAACUCCUGCUCAAUUCCAACAAUGUGUCAACUUCUAUGAGGCUGAUCAGAAAUUAGAUCACGCCGAGCGAGUUUCAUUAGCCAAUCAAUUACAAUCAAUUGCUUUGAAAAGCAAUGUCGCUGGGUAUGUUGCCGGUAUGGUUGGUUUUAGUUUGCCAACUAUUUAUUAUGGUAUGAGAGGACUUCGUCCAACUCCUUUAUUUGCUGUUCAAAGGCCAUUCUUUUCUUUAGUGUUGGGAUUUGGUACAUUAAUGGCGGGUGGUAAUCUUACUGCAAAGUACUUGUAUGAAAAGGCUAAACAGGAGAAGUACACAGACCCAAAUAUUUCUAAUGUUUGGAAGACUUUAGAGUUUCCUGUGAUGAAUUUUUACACUUUUUAUUAUACAAGAACUGCCAUGUUCCCACUUUUCAUUAUCCGUGAUCCAAGAACUUGUACGUACCUGGCUGAAAAACAAAAUCCACACUUCACUGAAGCUUUGAAUCUUGGUCAAACCGAUAAUACUGGAAAAGAGCAUCCAUUGUCUGUGUGGGAUAAGGUUCGUAUCAAUCAUGGGUUUAAUCCAUCAGACCCAAAGAAGUAG